UUGUUCAUCUUCAUUUCCACGGGAACUAACCUCUAGGUUCUGAUUUCCUUGUGAAACACAAACACUUCCUCUUAAGGUCCCAGCUGUGGUCCUUCUGGGAUCCUUUUCAACAAAUGCUGCUGAAGAACCUGUGAGAGAUGGGGGAGAAAGGAGACGAGAGGAGGGGGCUGCAAAAGGCGAGGAGAGGAGGGGAGGAGAUAAAGAUAAGACUCUUCUUUCUCUCUUCCUCUCCUAUUUCCAUUCCGAGUUGAAAGUCCACCCCGAACCUCCUGGGUUUUGUCUCGUGAAUAUUGAUUCCCUUCCGUGGAGCGACAGCCUGCCAUAGUCUCUGGUUGUUGAGCUCUUCACCCUUCUCACACCCUCCCUUGCUCCCUCCCUCCAGUCCCUGUCCCUGACUCAGGGGCGUGUCUUUCCUUCCCUCCCCUCCUUUCUAUUCCUCCCUCCCCCCAAUCAUCCAGGCAUCAGUUCCCUUACAGCUUUCACCGUGGUCCACUCAUCGAUUUCGGCAAGAGCAAAAACAGAAGCAAGGACAGCAGCAGCAGCAGCAGCAGCAGCUAACUAGCUAACUCCGCACUUUCCCCCCCUUUUAAAAAAAGAUUAGAAACAAACAGCACUUGCGGCAACAGCACGGUUCUGGGCAUCCGUGAGUCCAGUGCCCAGAGCACAGUGGAAGAAGCACUAACGGGAGAACCUAUGCGACCCAUCCUUUGAGCUGGAGGAAGGCGAGGAAAUCUGCCUGCUGGGAUUCCUCUGCUUCACAUGACCCACGAACUGGCAAAGGAGGGUCUUGCUUGAGUUCAUGGUGUUUGAUUGGGGUAGAAUAUGGGGAGGCAAAGAGUUGACUGGCAGUAGGUAAAAAUUUGUGCUCAGGUGUUUGGAGAGGUGUCUGCAGUCAUAGCUGGGACAAUGUCAGCUCCUUGCCUGGACUUUGGGGAGGUGGAAAGUUUCCUGGACAGGCACCCAGAGCUAUUUGAAGACUAUUUGAUGAGGAAGGGGAGGCAGGAUCUGGUGCAGAAGUGGUUGAAGAAGCAUGGGCAAAACCAGAGGGUCUCAGCCCCAGGACACUUUCCUUCAGAGGCCAGGACCCCAAAUAGCAGUGCUGCUGCUGGUAGUUAUAGUGUCACUGUCCAGCAGGGGUCUUCGAACAGUCAGCCCAUUCCAGGAGUGGGAGAUAGUGGCAAUGUUCCCAUGAGUCCCAACUGGGCUGGAAGCCGUGGUGAUGGGGGCCUACAGCGGAGAGCUUCUCAGAAAGAAUUGAGAAAGAGCUUUGCCAGGUCCAAAGCCAUCCACGUGAAUAGGACUUAUGAUGAGCAAGUCACAUCCAGGGCCCAAGAACCCCUGAGCAGUGUGAGGCGGAGGGCCCUGCUCCGAAAGGCCAGUUCUUUGCCUCCAACUACUGCCCACAUUCUCAGUGCCCUACUGGAGUCUCGGGUCAACUUACCCCAAUAUCCCCCAACAGCCAUUGACUACAAGUGCCACCUCAAGCAGCACAAUGAACGACAAUUCUUCCUGGAGCUGGUCAAGGAGAUUUCCAAUGACCUGGAUCUCACCAGUCUCAGCUACAAAAUCCUCAUCUUUGUCUGUCUUAUGGUGGAUGCUGACCGAUGCUCCCUGUUCUUGGUGGAGGGCACAGCCUCAGGCAAGAAAAGCCUGGUCUCUAAAUUCUUUGAUGUACAUGCUGGGACCCCAUUUCUUCCUUGUAGCAGCACUGAGAACUCUAAUGAAGUGCAGGUGCCUUGGGGAAAAGGCAUCAUCGGCUAUGUUGGGGAACAUGGGGAGACAGUCAACAUUCCUGAUGCUUACAAGGACCGAAGAUUCAAUGAUGAAAUCGACAAGCUGACCGGAUACAAGACAAAGUCUCUGUUGUGUAUGCCGAUCAGAAACAGUGAUGGGGAGAUCAUUGGUGUUGCACAAGCAAUAAACAAAACUCCUGAAGGUGUUCCCUUCACUGACGAUGAUGAAAAAGUUAUGCAGAUGUAUCUCCCAUUUUGUGGGAUUGCCAUAGCUAAUGCUCAACUGUUUGCUGCCUCAAGGAAGGAGUAUGACAGAAGCAGGGCUCUACUCGAGGUGGUUAAUGACCUUUUUGAAGAACAAACUGACCUGGAGAAAAUUGUUAAGAAAAUCAUGCACCGGGCCCAGACGCUGUUAAAAUGUGAACGCUGUUCAGUUUUGCUCCUAGAGGACAUUGAAUCACCAGUGGUGAAGUUUACCAAAUCCUUUGAAUUGAUGUCUCCCAAGUGCAGUGCUGAUGCAGAGAACAGUUUCAAAGACAGCAUGGAGAAAUCCUCCUAUUCAGACUGGCUCAUCAAUAAUAGCAUUGCUGAGCUGGUAGCUUCCACCGGCCUUCCAGUGAACAUUACUGAUGCUUAUCAAGAUCCUCGCUUGGAUGCAGAAAGCUCUAACAUUUGCAUCGAUGCCUGA